AUGCGGGCGCCAUUGCCGGCUAUACCGCCUGCCGAUAAGCAAAGUGUAGGUUGUCCUGACAGCUCAGUGGAUAGUAGUAUACUAGAGUGGACAGAGAAUGCCCACAAUGCCACUUCAGUAGGAGGUCGUGGUAGCAAUAAGGCAGAUACAGCGAGUUUAAAGAGCGAGAAGAUAUCCCCUGGAUCUCCGGUGAUUGUUAUAAAACGGGACAAGACCACCUCGGUGGAGUUUAAUAGGAAUGCAGCGGCUAGCAGGAGGCCUUUGAAAAAAACCCUAAAACAUACCGAACCACAGCCUGCUUCGAAGUCAAACAUAGGAGACGAUCAGGCCCCAAGUGUAAGUGCAGAUGCAUCUGAGCGUAAGGAUCUAGAUUCAAAUAAAUCAAACAGUAGGGAUCUCGAUUCGGGCUCAGCAAAAACUGAGGAGCUAGUUGCACGUGUACCCACUAGAAGCAAAGAUCCAGUUUCUAAUAUUUGUAGAAGCAAGGAUCCAGUUUCCAACACAUUGGGAAGUAAAGGUCCAGUUUCAACGAUAUCCAGAAGCAAUAAGGCUCGAGUUGUUAGCGAUGGUGAGAAGAAGGGCAGAGUUCGCGGCUGGGUGAACCGUAUGGUUAGGAACAAGGCACCGGCAACUGCUGAGGUAGUUGUCAGGCAAGGUCUACAGAGGAAUCGCUCAGUUGUGUCACGCAAACAAGGCACACCGGUAUGUACUUUCGUAAAGAUGUGCGCGAUAUAA